AGGUGUAUCCUGCCUCUCACCCAUAGACUGCUGGAGAUAGGCACCAGCUGAGUAAAGGUCCAACAGCUGAAAAAUCAUACUUAGUCCAAUUAAAAUUUUCCACUGUCAAGGAACUGGUUGGUCCAGGAAUAUGCAUGCAUAUGAAGGUUAAGAAAUUCCCUUUAGUUUAACUCCAUGUAAUCUUUUACUUAUUUUACAUAAAGGUCCAAUGCUUAAAGAAUACAACAUGACAUUGGACAACCUUGUCAAAUACCUCUGAUUACAUUAAAAGGAGAACUUUGAAAACAUUCCCAGUGUCAUAGAGGGAUUUAAUCAUUGCAAUGAAACCAUGCAGCGGACCAGUCGGCCCAGGGAGCUGAGUCAGAGAAGAUGGGAGUCAAGCAUUGGAAAAAAGAAGGCGACAGAAGCAAGGAGAGAUUACGACAGGUUAAAGAGCAUCCGGAUGGAUGAUGAUGAUUAUUUAAACCCUUUUUAACCAUAUUAUUUCAGAUGUAAUGUUUGUUUAUUUGACUUGUUUCUUCCUAUUCUAAUAUUCCAAGUUAUUUUUUUGUAUAUUCCUCGUUGAUUUAGAUACCGUUGAAAAACUGUAGCUGGGUCCAUGAAACAAAUGAAAUAAAAAAUCUUAAACAUGUCUGUCAGUCAAAUUAUUAUUUCAAAACAAAGCAGAAAAAUGACCAUGAUGUUGAUAAAGUGUGGCAACAUUAAUAUCUGUUCCUGUGUUAAAUCACCUACCCUCGGUGCUUUACGGUAAUUGGCCCGACACCUUAACGAGCAGGUGCGUCACAGGUCACCAAGCCCCUCCUCGGGAAAAUGCUGAUUCUUCGUUUUUGUCGAUUGUUGAGCGUCUCGGUUGCAUGGAGGAGUUAGUUCGCGGAAUGAACAGCAGUCUGCAGAUUAAAUGGAUAGAGGUUUUUCGGUCAGUCGAGGAUGAACUCAGAGGAAGCUCUGGUCAUUUGCUCUCCAGCCUCGGUGUUUUUUGGCGUCAUUCAGUCGCCUCCUGUUUGUCUCCUGAAGCGGACAAACUCUGCGUGCCCGCUGGUCUCACCUUGCUCUCCGCCGUCCUCCUGCUGCUCUCCGCCGUCCUGAUCAUGUGUCAGAAGUGUAAAUUAAGAGGGGAAUAUUCAGGAGAAACCAUCUUGGUCUUCUACAGCUUUCUGGGUCACCUAUGCAGCAGUGUGGGAGCUGUUUUGUCGAGCCAGCUGCUCAUACAGAUUUUUAUGGGUGCUUUUGCUGCUUUAUUGGAUGCUGUGCAGUGUAUCUUCUGCUGCCUUCCAGUGUUUCUUUGCUGGAACUCCAAAACACAGCGGAGGCUUAGGGCGAUGAAGAGGCGCAGGAGACAGCAUCUUCUGGCUGUAGGUGUGUUGAUGGUGGUGGCAGGAGGAUUUCUGAAGUCCAGAGUUGACCCAGCGCUCAGGUCUGUCAGCGGGAGGAAGCUGCUGCACAGCUCCAUGCAAAUCUCCAGUUGGAGCCCUAUAAUGGACAACAAAGAAAUCCUUGGUUACAUCUUGGGUCUGCUGGCCUUUGUCAUUUCCUGGACCUCUAGGUUCCCUCUACUCUGCAGAGCAAGGAGAGGACAGAACUUGAUCCAGAUGUACAUUUUCUCUGGAUUGCUUUGCUCUGUAUCUGGUGCCCUCUACACUGCAGCCAUCCUCCUUUAUGACGUCCGGGUCGAAUUUCUUAUCAGAGUCAUGCCUUGGCUGCUGUCAUCGAUUGGCUGUGUCAUCCUGGACCUGCUUAUUUCAAUCAUCCACUGGUGGAAGACAGGAACCAGGCAGAUGACGAUGAAACUAUCAGCAGACACAGAGAGACUUUUAGACAUGCAGCGAAAACCUUCAUCAGCACAAACAAAUGCAAAGAAUGUUCAGAAGCUGACCGAGAUGGGUCAAUACAUGGAUGUCAGUGGCCAACAGACAACAAAAUUACUGUCCCUUAAAGAAUUGACAUUGUCUAGAGAUGGAUCACACGGUGGACCUGCUCACAGGAUGGUGCGAGUGGUCAGAGUUGACAGUCUUUGCUCCUCCGAUACAUCCUAUAACUCUUCAUCAGACAGCACUGAUCUGGAGUGGGACUUUGAAGCUGCAAUUGCACAGUGGAGUAAACCAGCAGCGAAACCACAAGAGGGGGACGAGUUCCCCCUCCAAGACUGGCCAACCAACCAGAGGCCCUUUAGUGUCUGCAUUUGCUCCAUGGCCGGACACCCGCAGAAAACUCAGUGUUCUGCAAAUGAUAGCAGCUCUACUGCGAGCUGAGCUUUUCUUUCAACAUGUCUGAUACAAUCAGUUUGGCAUUAAUAAAAGCAAAAGCAAGUGUU